AAUACUGAAACGGGGUCGUUUCAGCCUUUCAGGUGCCUACCUUUUCCCCCUUUCCCUCUCUGAAGCCCUAAUUGCUGAAGAUCACCCCCAGCCCCCAACGCUAUCUCCUCUCUCGACUCCCUUUAUCAGUUUCUCGUCACUCUCUCCCACGAGCUCAAGCUCUCGUCAGCUCGUCUCAUCUCCGGUCUCUCACCUCUCGUCUCCGGUCUGUCAAGCUCUCGUCAGCUCAAGCCCUCCCUUCCCUGCGCUCGCUUCGCCGGCGGCAGAAGCAGACGGAACUGUAUCUGGUCCCUCGGGUGGUGGUGGUGGUCGUCUUCUUGCUUCUUACGGGCUCUGUCUCGCACCUGGUCUCGAUCUCUCCCUUCCCUGUGCUCUUCGUCGCCGGUAGCAGAGGCAACAGAUCCCGGUGGGCUGGUCUUCAUUGUGGGUCUUCUUGCUUCGAGCGUUGCCGUCAGCUUCUCCCUCGCCAUCAGGUUCUCCUUCGCCGUCAGCUUCCUUCACCCAACCGGAUUUGCCUGAAGGCAUACCUGAAUCUCUCUGACCUUCUUGUCGCCGUCAAGAUCUCACGCCAUCUCGCUGAGCUCUGUUGAUAUCUCUAUUACAGCGUUGCUUGCCGUCAUCUGCCACUUCCUCCAUCCAGAUUGAGAAUGAGUUCGUUGAGCAGUGCGGUGCGAGAUCUUCAACGCGAAUUAGAGAACAAAACCAAUGAUCUCUCCAAGCUUCAAAAGGAUAUUGCAAAGAAUCACCAAGUUAGAAAGAAGUACACUGUCCAACUUGGAGAGAACGAAUUGGUCCUAAAGGAAUUGGAUUUAUUGAACGAAGAUGCAAAUGUUUACAAGCUGAUUGGUCCAGUGCUGGUUAAGCAAGAUUUGGCUGAGGCCAACUCUAAUGUCCGCAAGAGAAUCGAAUACAUCACUGCUGAAUUGAAGCGUCUUGAUGCAACUGUUCAAGAUUUGGAAGAGAAGCAGAAUAGCAAGAAAGAUGCGAUACUAAAAUUGCAACAGAGAAUUCAGUCCCUUCAGACUUCGAAAGCCAAGGCAUAAUCCUCGCCGACAGAUUGUUUUAGCGUUGUAAUAAUUU